AGACCUGGUCGCCUCCUCUCUCUCUCUGUAUCGGCCAUGGUCGACAGCUUCCCGGGCGUCUACAAGGAGCCGUUCACGCGCGACUAUGAGCGUCUGCGCAGUAAGAUCACCAAGGAGGCGUGCACGCAGCUGGACGAGCAGGGCUACGUGGUGAUCGACGACUGCUUCGGCCAUGGCUGGGCGAGCGCCUUGCUGGAGGAGAUGCGCUGGCUGAACGAGAAGCAGCACUUCAAGCCCAACAAGACGCAGUUCGCGCUCACGCAGAAGGGAUCGGACGGCAAGCCGCAGGCCUUCCACUUCGUCAAGCCGCACAUCUUCGAGGUGGAUCUGCACGACGCCUCGCUGCGCACGAAAGUGCCCGAGCUCGACGCGCUGUUCCACUCGACGGAGCUGCUGCAGGUGCUGUCCAGCAAGUUACCGCAGUACGAGCUGCAGUUCAGCACCUCGGACCGCACGCUCAAGCUUCAGCGCAAUUCCGGACACGGCGGCUGCUUUCCGUGCCACUACGACAACCCCGGAGCCCCCAACAAGCGCAAGGUCACGUGUCUGCUCUACCUGAACGAGGGCUGGAAGGAGGGCGACGGCGGCGAGGUGCAGCUCUUCCCCUUCCUGCAGCAGCCUGUCACCGUCGCGCCCAAGAUGGACCGAGUCGUGCUGUUCCAGAGCGACUGGAUGCUGCACCGAGUGCUUCCGUCUCACGCGGAGCGAUACGUACUGACGAUCUGGCUGGACGGCGCCAAGGUGAAUGCACCGGAAGACUCGCAGCUUCGCUUGACGCAGAGCGACCUCGCCGACUGGUUCGGGUUUUUGGAUAGACUGCGGAGAUCCCCCGUCCAGCGACUGCUAUCGCGUGGGGUUUAUGAAGAGGAAUACUAUGAAUCACUGAUGGAGUGCAUGCAGAGCACGUCGACCGAAGGCUGCGUGGAGCUGCUCAAGUCGCACGAGACGCACUUGGAGAACGUCAAGCGCAAUGCCCCCCUGUAUAACUUCAUCAAGCGGCUGCGCGACGCGCGAGCAAUGAACAACGAGGACCCUGUGUAUGUCAAGUAACAAGGAAGCUUAUUAGGAUAAACUCUCUAGUGACCUUGGCUACGACAAGGCGUUGGGGCGGUCGAACCCCUGCAAGAUGAAGCGGCAGCUGGCUGCGUCGUACGGGACGACGUUCCACUCGACCUGAGGUUUGGCCUUCAUAGCUUCUUCCUCACGCAUGCGCUGCAGUCGUUGAGCUUCGUUUUCGCGAUGGUGCGAGAGCUGCUGCAGUCUGGAGAACACGUCGAGGUGGAGCGGAGAAGUCGGUCGAGUGGUGUCGCUCUUGCCCUCCAGCGUAUCGCU